UGCUUCCUUCUCUAUCGUCACAUUAACACAACAUGGGGAACUUUGCUGCCAACGAGGGACUCUCCAUCUUUGUAAUUCUGGUAUGGCUCGGGAUCAACGCCUUCCUGUUCGUCCAUUUCUACAUGGCCUUCCUGACGGACAAAUGGUAUUACACCAGGGUCCUGCUCGGGCAUGCUCUGUCCUGGGCCAGAGCUCCUGCUGCCGCCCUCAACUUCAACUGCAUGCUCAUUCUGCUGCCAGUCUGCAGAAACCUGCUGUCCUUCCUCCGAGGAACCAUUCAGUGCUGCAGCCGCACAGCCGCUCGCCAACUGGACCGCAACAUUGUUUUUCACAAACUGGUGGCGUACAUGAUCGCCUUCCACACAGCCGUGCACAUCGUUGCACAUCUGUUUAACUUUGAGUAUUUCAUGGAUGCCCAGCUGAACCGGAACAGCAGCUGGCUGCCCUUCGUCCUGUCUGAGAUCGGCAACGGGGACAACGCGUCCUACCUCAACCCCAUCAGGACCAAUGAGACGAACCCCACCAUCGUCAUGUUCACCACCAUCGCCGGGCUGACGGGCGUGGCCAUCACGCUGGCCCUCAUCCUCAUCAUCACCUCGUCCAUGGAGGUCAUCCGCAGGUCCUACUUUGAGGUGUUCUGGUACACACACCACCUCUUCGUCAUCUUCUUCAUCGGCCUGGUGUUCCACGGCUUCGGGCGGAUUGUGAGAGGUCAGACUAAGGCCAGCCUGGACACAAACAACCCACUUGAAUGUGACAAAGAGUUUGAAAACUGGGGAGUUAACGGGUCCGGGUGUGCUGUACCAGAGUUUGCUGGAAACCCCCCGAUGACGUGGAAGUGGGUGGUGGGCCCCAUGUUCCUCUAUGUUUGUGAGAGGCUCGUCCGCAUCUAUCGAUCGCACCAGAAAGUUGUCAUCACCAAGGUGGUGAUGCACCCCCACAAGACUCUGGAGCUGCAGAUGAAGAGGAAAGGUUUCCACAUGGAGGUGGGACAGUAUGUCUUCAUCCAGUGUCCGUCCGCCUCCAGACUGGAGUGGCACCCCUUCACCCUGACCUCGGCCCCCGAGGAGGACUACUUCAGCGCCCACAUCCGCAUCGUAGGGGACUGGACGGAGGCGCUGUACCAGGCCUGCGUAGGAGACAAGACACAGCCUCAGGAGGCCUGGAAGCUGCCCAAGCUUGCCAUAGACGGCCCGUUUGGUACGGCGAGCGAGGACGUGUUCCGGUACGAGGUGGUGAUGCUGGUUGGAGCGGGAAUCGGUGUGACUCCUUUUGCCUCCAUCCUCAAGUCAGUGUGGUACAAACGCAUCCAGAACAACCAGGACGUCUUCACCAAGAAGAUCUACUUCUACUGGUUGUGUCCGGAGACGCAGGCCUUUGAGUGGUUCGCCGACCUGCUUCAGUCUCUGGAGGAUCAGAUGGCGGAGAAAGGCGUGACCGACUUCCUGAGCUACAACAUCUACCUGACCCGCUGGAAGGAGACCGAGGCCGCUCACUUCCGUGUUCACCACGAGGCUGAGAACGAUCCAAUCACAGGGCUCAAACAGAAAACGCUGUACGGGAAACCCAACUGGGACAACGAGUUCACCAACAUUGCAACACAGCACCCGGGAACUAAAGUGGGUGUGUUCCUGUGUGGCCCGCAGCAGCUUGGCAAGUCUCUGGAGAAACAAUGUCUGUCCCACUCUGAGGAGGACGUCAAGUUUAUCUUCAACAAGGAGAACUUCUAACUGCAGCAGGAGACAUCAGCUCAGCUCCCCUUUGCAUCAGACGUUUUGCAAACAAGCCGUUGUUGCUCAAAAAUGGAGGAAAUGUUUUCCACAUCAGCUUCUUCUUCUGCUUUUCUUUCUUCUCAGUGAAACUCUGCUGCUUUCAACACUCUUUCACAUUGAGUUUUCUGUUCGCUUGAGGUCAAAAUGAGGUUCCAUCUGCUGAACUGCAAAGUACAAGCACCUUACAAGUGCACUUCAGUACAGCAUCUGAGUAAAUGAACUUAGUUACAGUCUACUGCUGCUCAAUUUUCCAUUUUAGCACCUAUCCCCACAUGCUCAAAUUUCCAGAUAUUCUGAUAAAAAUAAUGUGAAAUUUAUUCAGAUAAAUUGGAAAGAAGGAUAGGAUAGACCCUAAGGGAAGCAAGUAAAGGGAGAAAAGCAAAGGUCCUAAAAGUGAACCCUGUGGGACCCCAUAUAAGUAUGGGGUAUAUCUCUAUAUGAUGUUACAUAAUACUUUAAAUAAGGCUCCAAAUGAUUAAUCUGGCCACAUUCAAAAUGUAAAAAAAGAAGACCUCACAAAGCAACUGUAGUCAAGUUCUGAUCAAUGUUUUUGGGGGGAAGGAAAUGGUAAUGUUAUUUCUGUUUUUAUUUUCAUUAAUGUUUUUUUUUUGUUUCAACAUGUUCAAACAAGGAGAUCGAUCAAUCAGAAACUUGAUUGAAUGUAGCCAGUUUCUUUUUGGCUGGUUUCUCAGAUCAAACGAGACGUUUAAAGACACUGGGAAUUUAAGCUGUUUAUAUGCAAUAUUUCAGCUGGAAACAUUUUCUAAUGAACGAUUUGUAAACAAAAAUUUUUACAUCAUUGUCACAUGAAGUUCAUGAACUUAUAUGAGUAUUUCACUUUUAUAUAAAUAAAAAAAUGGAAAAUAAAGUGCUUAAUGUCCUCAGAGCUGCCAGCAGAGGACGAAACAAUAAAAACACUGAUGUUGACUCAG